UAGUAAGGUAAUACAUAAAGCGGGGUAGAAAAACAAAGCUGGUAAGCACCAUCCGUGGCACUGUUAACGUUGCUCUUGCUGCUUCUUAUCUGAACAUUCUCUACGGAGAAAACCUCGGACCCGAAACCCGAAAUGGACCCGCUUCCCCAACCUCUCUUCCCACCUCACAUCCUUCGAUCAACCAUACAACGCCACUGGAUAUCAACUCGUAUCUCUUGGCAUGCAUUUGUUAUCAAGAUAGUCCAGCUCCGCAUGCCGGCAAUAGUCCGCUUUAGAUUGUCUCCCAGCAUCAAUGGGAGACGACUGCCUAUCGUGACGGGGGCGAUGGUGAGCUGCCAUCGAGAUAUGACUCUUUGUCGAUCAUAUAUGGAAGUGGAUUGACCCCAUUCCAUCCAGGUUGAACAUAGCUUCUGUGAUUUUGAAGUUAUACUCGUGUUGUUUCGCUUUUAACAUCACAAACAUGUUUGAACGAGCCAGGAACUCGGUGCAAACCUUCAGCUGGAAGCUUCCUAAACAGAGCUCGUCACUCGCUCCAGAAUAUGUGUGGAGUAAUUCAGAUCAGGACCCUGUUCCCAUUGAAAAGUAGGCCCAAUUUUUCAUGUUGCCAAGAUAUCUGUUGACAUAGGUCAGGCGAACAUGGUCGGGCUUCACAUUUGUGAUGUAUUGGUUUUCAGAUCUUGUAACAUAUUCAACUUGGGCAAAUGGAGCGGCAGUUGUUGCUCUUGGCCUCUCGCCUAGUGACGCGAUUUGGAUUGUGUUCGUAGCUGCCAUGUGCAAUGCCAUUCCGACAGUGAUGAAUGGAGCGAUUGGAUCAGACUUACAUAUUCCUUUCCCAAUUGCAGUCCGAGCCAGUUAUGGAUAUUGGUUAAGCCACUUCUGUGUCGUGUCAAGAGGAAUCCUCGCGCUGUUCUGGUUUGGAGUCCAAUCCGCCGGAGGAGCCACAGCAAUCACGCAAAUGAUCACAGCCAUCUGGCCAUCCUAUGCUCACCUUCAUAACAAUCUUCCGGCUUCAGCAGGUAUCACAAGCAAGGGAUUGAUCUCAUACUUUCUCUACCAUGUUGUCCAGACGCCAUUCCUUUUCAUCCGGACCGAGAAGCUGAAGUGGAUGUUCCUGGCCAAGACAAUCCUAGUCCCUCCCAUGGCUCUCUCCAUGGUCAUCUACCUCGCAGUAGCAGCAAAAGAUGCACCAGAUUUCUGGAACCAGAAGUCCGAGAUGACUGGCUCUACUCGUGCUUGGCUGUGGCUCUCAAGUAUGACUUCAAUCACAGGAGGCUUCUCUACACUUGCCGUCAACAUCCCGGAUUUCUCCCGAUUUGCGAGGAAAAAAGGGUCUCAGUGGUGGCAGCUACCGUUCAUCCCAAUCUUCAAGAUUGUGGUCAGCAUAUUUGGUGUUGUUGGUGCGAGUGCUUCCAAGCCACUUUAUGGGAAGACUCUUUGGAGUCCUCUUGACAUCUUGGCGCAAUGGCAAGGUACUCCUGGCGGUCGAGCUGCUGCAUUUUUCUGUGCAACAUUGUGGUGUCUAGCUCAAAUCUGCGUCAACAUCUCAGCAAAUUCGGUUUCGUUUGGCAAUGAUAUUACAUCCCUCUUUCCCAAGUACUUCAAUAUCCGCCGCGGAGUCAUCUUCGCUAUGCUUGUAGGGGGCUGGGCAAUGGUCCCUUGGAUUAUCCUGUCGAACGCGAAAACAUUCUUGAAUUUCAUGUCCGCCUAUGCCGUAUUCAUGGCUCCCAUCGCUGGCAUAAUGCUCACAGAUUAUUGGUUUAUCAAGAAACGGAAAAUUGACGUCCCGGCUCUUUACGACCCAGAAGGAAUAUACGGAAAAUGUAAUUGGCGAUCCUUAGUCAUCAUGCUUUUGGUCAUUGUUCCCAUGCUUCCAGGUCUGGCCCACAAAGUCACACCUGACAGUGUGCAUAUUCCCAAGGAGCUAUCUAAUCUCUUCUCCAUCAACUGGCUCUAUGGAUUCGUUGCUUCAUGCUUGAUUUACUAUGUUCUCAAUGUUAUAUUUCCUGACAAAGAGACUUUGAUUCCAGCUACAAUCGAGGGCUAUACAAACGUUGUUGAAGGAGUCGUCACUGGCACCGAGAGCACAGAUGGAGACAGCAGCCGUGCAGAGAAAGGUCUCGAUACCAAGGCACCUAUGGAAGUCAAGGCAUAGCGAAGCUUAAGGGGAUGUAAGAUGGGGAAUAUAAUAUGCAAGAAGAUUUUAGCAGCUUUUUCACAAAAGGGGGUUCACUUCAAAUCCUUGCAGUUUUCUUUCUUGCUCUCAAGAAAAG